GAACGAAGAAGGUGUGUCGUGUCGGAAAAGGAGUGUGGGAAAUGAUAUCGCGCCAUCGAAGUUGUCAAGGUGUUUAUUCACAAAGCUACAGUGGAUAUUGGGCAUGAAGAUGUAACCUAAAUGGUGUGUAAGAGUCAAAAACAAGCGCUGCUGUGAGAGAUCAGUAAAAUACCAGGUGUGCAGAUGGAGGGAGUUGCAGUAGGUGUGGGGAGUCCGGUCAGAAAACACCGUUUAUCUCUAAAGUUCCUUCAAAGGAAAGAAACCAAGCGUGCACUUGACUUCACCGAGCCUCAGGCUGAGGAACCCGACACUGCAGAACCAGCAGACACCACAAGUUGUGAUCAGGAAGUGCCAUUGCCUUGUGCCUCAUCUGGUUCCUGUGAAAAAAGAGAGAGCUUUGUACCUUUUGUUGGCCUUAACAAUCUGGGAAACACCUGCUACCUUAACAGCAUCCUUCAGGUAUUGUACUAUUGCCCCGGUUUUAAAGAUGCUGUUAAGACGUUAUAUCGGAUGUCCAAGUUAAAGGACAAACAGAAAGACGAUGAUGCCAAAAGUGAAAAGGGAGACUCGUGUGAAGACUCUAUACCUGUUCACAUGGAAUUACUGCACAGCUUCCAGAGUUUAAUAUCUUCAGUGGAGCAGCUGCAGUCGAGUUUCCUGUUUAACCCAGACAAAUAUAACGAAGGAGAGCUGGCCACGCCCCCACGCAGAAUACUCAAUACUCUCAGACAGUUGAAUCCUAUGUAUGAGGGCUAUCUGCAGCAUGAUGCUCAGGAGGUACUGCAGUGCAUCCUUGCAUAUAUACAGGAGGCCUGUGACACCAUUAAGAAAGAACUGAAAUCCAACCCAGAUGAAAAACCAGGAGAAAGCGAGCAGAUCACGAGAGGGGAAACAGAUGGGUUGAUGCUUACUCAAGAGGAAGAGGAGAACUCUGAUGGACUGAAUGGGAAGAGGAAGAGUGACACAGAAGUGGGCAAUGCCAAGAAGAAGCCCAAGUCACAGAGCAAACCCAAGAAAAGCGACGAGGAAAGCAGACCUUUUACCCGCUCAAAGAGAAAAUCCAACAGUGAUGUGGCUGGAAACUCAGCGAGUGACCAGACAGAGGUGGUACAGAAGGGCAAGGAGGAGAAAGAGGGAGGAAGCAACACGGAGGAAGAGAAAAACGAAGGAACCGCAAAGGACACAAAUAAAAGGAAGAAGAGGGCAAAACUGAACUGGUUGAAACCUUCAGGGAAGCAGCCCAGUAUUUUCUCCAAAUUCCGCAGCAUGGGUCGAAUCAGCUCUUCUGUGGGAGACAGAGGAGACAGCAAGGACCAGGACACAAGUAGCAGUGAGCAGCCCCAGGACAAAACCACUCCCAAAAGUGAGAAGACCAUACAAAAUCAAACCGCACCAAAAACAGAAGAAGCAGAGGUCCAGGGCUUGGAUAUGCUGAAGCAGCUUUUCCAAGGUCAGCUGGUGCUGAGGACACGCUGCCUGGAGUGCGAGUGUUACACUGAAAGGAGAGAGGACUUUCAAGACAUAAGUGUACCAGUGCAAGAGGAUGAGACCAGCUGCUCAGAGGCCAGUUCAGAGAUUUCCCCAGAUCCUAAGCCAGAUCAGAAGACUCUGAGGUGGGCUAUCUCUCAGUUUGCGUCAGUGGAGCGGAUUGUUGGACAGGAUAAAUAUUUCUGUGAGACCUGUCAUCACUACACUGAGGCAGAGAGGAGUCUUCUGUUUGACAAGACGCCUGAUGUUGUCACCAUUCACCUCAAGUGUUUUGCAGCCAGUGGCUCAGAGAUGGACCCCUAUGCAGGACUGUCAAAGGUGAACACGCCUCUCCUUACUCCCCUUAAACUCUCCUUGGAGGAGUGGAGCACACGGCCCUCCUCGCCGCACGAGCAGCACCAUUACAGGCUCUUCGCUGUGGUCAUGCACAGCGGAGUGACCAUCAACAGCGGCCAUUACACCACCUACGUCCACAUGAUGGACCUCCAUCGCACAAAGCUUGAGCUUCAGCCUCAGGAGGAGAGCACGGAAGAGAAAGACGGAGAGACGAAACCACUAAAAAAGGAAGUGGUUUCUUUACCUGACUAUGAUGAUGGUGAGGUGUCCUUCAAUGUAAGCUCCAAAAUGAAGAAUACGACCAACGGAACGAAUCUGUCUAGCAAAGCUGGAGGAAAGAGGUCUACAGAAGGCGUCAGUCUACUGGGAGGUCAGAGAAGCAUCUCGAGCUACGAGAUCAGUGCCAGUAAGCAGACCGCUUCAGAGAAACCUGCUAACAUGGCUGCUUAUGCCAGUUCUCCUGUGCCGAUAGGUGUGCUGAAAAAGGAGAGAGAUGAAGUAGGAGAUGGUGUGAAAGAAGAGAGUCAGGUGAGCUUGAACAUUGCUUUACAGAACCUUCUGGAAUACGAAGGGAAGUGGGUGCUGUUCGAUGACUCAGAGGUGAGGCUGUUUGAGGAAGAAGAGUUCCUACAUGCAUGCUCUCCUGUGACCUGUUCCACCUCCACACCUUACCUUCUCUUCUACAAGAAGGUCUCCGGGGAAAUGAACUGAAGGACAACUGGAUCAUAUCUAAUGUCCAGAAAGAACUCACCUGUCAUGGUUGCUGAAGACCAGGUUAGGGUUGAAAGGAAUACUCCAGGGAAUAUGCGGAGCAUGCGUCAUUACCUCAGACGAGAAUUUCUUCAUAGUCACCGUAGUGACAAUGCUGGACAAGUCAUUCACACAUUUAUGUGCCAUCAUUCCUAGUGUCCAGUCUCGUUAUAUUCUUGUCUGUGGUAAUCGCCCAUGUGCUUCAAAAUUCUUGAGCAUUCCUUAAACAGCUGAUAUUCAUUUUGUGUGUGUGUGUGUAUAUGUGUAUAUUCCAUACUGUCCCGAACAUUCUGCUUCUUUCCUAGAUACAUUCCCUCUCCAGAACUUGACACGAGAGCACCUACUUUUCAAAGGCCCUUACAAAAUGCACCUUGGCACUAACAGUGGCCCAUAACAAGUCGGGAAAAUUGCUCAUGCACUGUUUUGUUGUUGUUUUUUUAAUAUUUAGAUUUUUGUAAGGAUACUAUUGUGAUUUUUUUUUUAAAAUUUAUUCUUGAUGUACAGCUUCAUAUUUGGAGGAUAUAUGUUCCAUUUAGGGUGUAAAUAUACCACAGUAAAGUGUUAAGUCUCAGAGUGACAGUUUUCUAUUUAAGCUAGAAAAGAUGAAAGCCAGCUCUGAGCUGAGAUGAUCCAGUCGCGCGCACACAUGAGUAUAGAUGAAAGUUCAGUUCUUGUUCAUAUUGUCUAUAGGGAACAGCACGAAUAGAAAAACCAUAUUUUUGUAGAUUUUAUCCUAUUGUACCUCAUUCCAGUGAAAACUGCCAUCUCCGUGUUGUGAGAUCAAGGACUUGUUCUUCACAGCUAGCUCUACUCACUGGGUCAUUUCUGAAACAAGCUACAUUUUGAGUCAGAAGUGAGAGUAGAUCUAAAAUGUUAGGGAUGUGUAAAUAGUUCCAGAACAGAGGAGCUGCACGAUGAAAUAAGCCCCUCAUCUCCAACACCGAGCUAAAGCCAUUACCUAUAAGCAAUAACUACAGACUUUAUUUUUUCUUAUCGAGACGUCAUCUGUGCCUACAGAAAUCUCUGUUAGAUUAAAUUCGGGGUAAAAUGCUUUGUGUAAAUUUCUUUUACAUCUGUGCGUUUUUGUAGAUUCUCUUGUACACCCAUUAAACACCAGCGUAUUAAAAGUCAA